GACAUCAAAAUAAUAAGUUAAAAUGAUAAAACAAAAUGAGUUAAACCAAUCUAUGUACAAACUGGAGGUCUCGGAUUUGAAACCUGCUGCUGGUGGGGAAACCAGACUUGUGGUCAGGGGGAGGUUGAAAUGCCUAUGUGAGCCUUCUGGCUCCCGGAAGAGGUGGAUAACUGUAACUUGUCAUCAGUUAUCCCUCUUUUGAGAAAAAAAAGAAGAAGAAGAAGUAAAUCUAAUACAAAAUAAAGUUAAUUGAUCAAAUUACACCAAAAUCUGAUAGAGUGGAAACUGGUUUCGAAAAUACAAAGUUUUAUUGGGUUACAACCCAGCCCAAUUCAACCCAAACCAGCCCAAGGCCGAGGUUGGCUUUUCCUUUAUUAUUAUUAUUAUUAUUAUUUUGUUUGGGCGGAACGCGGGUGGGUUUUCCUCUUCCCCCUCUGACUAUCUGGGUUUAGCAUACAGAGAGGUCCUUCUCCUUCGGAAUCGUAUAGCAGAGAAAGCAGCCAUGGAUUUCUCUCCCCUUUCAGACGCCUUGGCCUCCAAAUCCUAUGGAAAGCUCGCCGAUAUCUGCGACCAACUCAUGCUUCAGGUCGCAGCGGAGGGCGUUUCUUUUCAGGAAGAAUGGCCCUACGCCAUUCAUCUUCUCGCUCUCAUAUACGCUGGUGAUAUUAAUAGUGUGCGGUUUCUUUGGAAAUCGAUGCCUGUCGCAGUCAAAGAGAGCAAUCCAGAAGUCAUCGCUGCUUGGAAAAUUGGUCAGAAGUUGUGGGUGCGGGACUACGGGGGUGUGUAUGAAGCUAUUCGUGGAUAUGAAUGGAGUCAGGAUGCUGAAGGUCUUGUUGCAGCCUUCUCAGAUCUUUACACAAAGAAAAUGUUUCAGCUCCUGCAGUCUGCUUAUUCUACAAUAAGCAUCCAAGACACAGCUCUCUUCUUGGGAAUGAGUGAGGAUGAUGUCACAACUUAUGUACUACAGCAAGGUUGGGUUGUGGACCCUGCUUCACAAAUGGUUACUGUGAAGAAGCACCCUAUCAUCACGGAGCAGAAACUGGAUGCGAGUACAUUGCAGAGCUUGACAGAAUAUGUAUUCCAUCUUGAGCAUUGAAGUAGUUUACCAAGUUCCUGAAGCUGUGAGUUGUCCUUUUGGUCAGCUGCUAACUUAGACCAUGAUUUAGUGGAGUAAAUAAUUUCAGGAUUUCAGGUUUUAUACAUGUGGACGGCACUUUUACGCACGUUAUUUUUCUAUCGGUUAUAUUUUUCACUAGGCUGUGUGUCAUUUGGAUUUAACCUUAGUUGGUCCCCAAAGUUGUGCACAAACAAGUUCACAACAUCAUGUCAUGUCAUUUUUUGUCAAUCCCUAGUUUUGCUGCAUUUUAUUCUCAU